UUGGCUCCAUUUCAUUCAACUUCUUGAUAUCAGUCUACAUUCAAAUUUUGAUAAAUCCCCAAAUGGAUAGCUCUGCAAAUUAUCACAAGUAACCAGAACUUAUUUUUUUUCUUUCUGUGUCUUAGCAAUGGCAAGAGAGAUUGAAGAGAGAAUGAAAAUGCUUCUCCAAGCAGAAGAAGAAAUGGGAGACACAUUCGCAGAGAGAGCAGAAUGGUUCUUCAAGAAACGCCCACAGCUGCUCGAACUCGUCGGGGACUUAUACAACGGCUACACAUCUUUGCAGGACCGCUGCAACACCCCGAGUCGCCACUCGGAGAUCGUAGCGCAUCUCGUCCUCAAGAACGUAGAGGAAGAAGUAAUGAAGCACGAAGUCUCCGAAAUGUCGCGGAAAAUAGAGUUACUAAAGAAGCUCCUAGAAGUAUUAGAAUGCGAAAGAUUACUCGUGCUGAACGAGAAUUCAAGACUUUUUCGACAGAACGAAGAGCUCGGAUCAGAGGCCAUGUUCUUCAAAAACAAAGCCUCCCGGCUCGCGGGCUGCGUGCUGCAGAUGAGGGAGGUUCAUGAGGCUCAGGUUUACGCGUUGGAGAAGAUGAACAAGGAGCUUUACCAGCAGCUGAUCAUGAUGAAAAACAAAUCAGACACGUCGUCAUCUUCUUCGACAUGCUCAAGAAGAAGAAGUAAUUUGAAAAAUGUGGGGUUGAUGGGCUGUUUUCAACUGGAGAUUGUUAAGAAAAAUGAUUAUACUCCGAACAGAAUUACUCCGAAUUGGUGGGCGAAGAUGAAGAAGACCAUUACACCAACUUAUUCAUUUUCUUCUGCUUCAUCGUUGCAUUCUACUAAUUAACAUUAUUCUGCUUUUAGGUGUUGUCUUCUAUGUUUUAUUGCGAAAAUCUAAAUAUCAGACAGAGAUUGUUAUAAUUAAUUAAGUGCUGUGUGUUGAAUGUUAUUGUUUUAACGUAA